AUGUCGAGUCUGCGUCCGGGAUCAAAUCCCCAUGCUGGCCUAAACUUUCCCCAGGCCGGCAUUCGCCGCAAUCCAUAUCCCUCUCCUCAUCCGAGCCAGCAGAAUAAGCAAUCACCAGCGCCUCACUCCGCGUCUCCGUACCAGUCUCAGGCCUAUGCACCGCAGCAGCCAUCUGGCUAUCCCCAACAUCUCUUCACCAACCCGAAUCCUGUGACUGGUAAUCUUCCCAAUGGCUCCUCGCGUUCCUCCUCCUCGCACAUGUCCAAUGCUGUGCCGAGUCCACUCGACGUGUCAAACACGCGAACUGUUCCGCCGCCGCGUGGGCAGAUGAUGUUCCCUACUCUUGGGCAAGUUGUUCCCAACCAACUCCACCACCAUCAACAACAGCAGCAGCAGCUGCACCACCAACACUUGAGUCACCCUUCGCACCCGCUCAACCAGCCUCGGCAAACCCACCACCCACACCAUGUCCAGGGCUCUCCACAGCAGCGGCCUCCAUCCCAACAGACUCAGCCUACGCCAAAACUCGGGCAGGUUCAGGUUAAGCCCCAAGCUCCUUCGCCCCCUCUGCCGCAGCAGUCAAGCCAGCAGCAAGCCCAGACGCAGCAGCAUCAACAACUGCAGCACCAGCUUCAGCAGCAGCAACAUCAACAGCACCAGCAGUUGCAGCAACAGCAGCAGCAGCAUCAGCAUCAACAGCAAUUGCAACAGCAACAACAAUUGCAGCAGCAGCAGCAACAACAACAGCAGCAGCAGCAGCAACAGCAACAUCAACAGCAGCAGCAACAACAGCAGCAUCUGCAACAACAGCAGCAACAUCAGCAGCUUCAGCAGCAACAGCAGCAACAACACCAACAGCAGCAGCAGCAACACCAUCAGCAGCAGCAGCAACAUCAGCAACAAGCUCAGCUCCACUCCCAGCAGCAACAAAUCCAUACUCCUCAGCCUCCGGAGCAACAGCAGCUUCCUCAUCAGCAGCAGCAGGAGCCACAACGGACACAAUCUCAGCAGGCACAGCGUCAGCCGAAGCCCCAGAAGUCUCAGAGGGAUCAGCAGCGGGACCAGCGAGAUCAGCAACAGGUUCAGCAACAGCAGGUUCAGCAGCAACAGAAGCAACAGUCGCUUCCUGCAGAGCCAGUUCAACAGCCUCCUGCACCGGCUGCUGCGCCUCAGACGCAGCAACAGCAGGCACCGCCACAGAAGCAGGAGACUAACGGAGAUGAAGCAAUGGAUAUUGAUAGUCACAACAACGGCGAAGAGUCGGGGGGCCUGGAUAUGAAGUUGCUUGCUGACCCCAACUACAUCCCCCAACAGCCGCUGGGCGAGAUGAUGUCGCCCCCACCGGAAGGUGGAAGCUACCCGACCCUUGAAGCUGUGCAGAAAGCCGUGCUUCGGUACUGUACGUCUGUCGGCUAUGCCAUUGUUAUCGGCCGCUCGAAGAAGACCGUACCGGGAUUGAAGAAAGUUUUGUUUGUCUGUGAUCGCGCAGGCAAGCCGCCGAGCCGUGUUAGCCCCGAGUGCCGAAAGCGCAAAACGUCGUCCCGAAAAUGCGAUUGCCCCUUUGGGUUCUUUGCCAUCGAGCAGCGAACCCAGUGGACAAUUCGAUAUCGCCCGGACCCUACCCAUCUCUCACACAACCACGGUCCUAGUGAGAGCCCUUCACACCACCCUGCUGCUCGAAAGCUUGACAGCAAGAUGGUUGCUGCAGUGAAGGAACUCAAAGAAAACGGUGCUGGGGUUUCAGAGACAUUGCAGAUUCUGCAAACCGCUAACCCUGAUUGUCACUUGCUCCCAAGAGACAUAUAUAAUGCUCGUGCAGCUAUCAACCGCAACCCUCAGAAAGUGGCGACUGGCCUGGCAGAGAACAGACCUGCGAUAUACAGCAAACCUCAUCAAUCACCUGAAGACCGCAUACGCGCAGACUUGAGGCGUGAGCUUGCAAAAGCACGAGAAGACAUGAAGAAGAUGGAGGAGGAAAAGGACAAAGAAAUUGGCGAGUUGAAGACUAAACUGGAAGAACAACAAGUCACGAUCGCCAAGUUUGAAGAGUUUAUCGACAUUUGUAACGAGCGGGUCAUGUUUCAACGGCAGAGGCUUGCAGGCGGCAACGGAGGCGGGGGCAACCAAGCGUAG